CCUGCGGGACAUCGACAGGUGAUCCGGAAACCUGCCGAGCCACACAGCGAGCGACCGGGAAGUCACUAACGUCACUUACUUCCAAUUCUUGCGCUUUUCCUCGUUGACGCCGCGACCCUUUCUCGGCUCCAACUUGGGGAGAAGUCGGAUGAAAGUUUGGGUGGUGGCCAGCCAUGAGUUCGUCGGAGAGUCUCCGUCCAGCUACCGGAGGUCGCAAGCCGCUCGGCAAGCUCGCGGCCCGCCUGGAGGAGCUCAAGAGUCCGUGGCGCCAGGUGUCCUCGCUGGAGCUCAGCCACAACGAGGCCGCCCGCCUGGCUACCGACGCGCUGCUCGAGCACGGCGAGCGCGAGUACCGCCGCGUCCUCACCGAGGAACGGGAGCUCAGCUUCCUGUCCCAAGCCGAAAUCCAGUACAUUACGCGUCACCGGGUCCCGGGUAGCGACAGCACGGCGGCCGGGAGCGGGACCGGUCCUGGGAACGGCACCGGCCCGGCGGCGGAGGACCAUCCCGAGGCCGGCGAAAGCGAGGUUGGCGAUGACGUCGCGUCGGACCUCACCUCUGGGACUUACUUCCCGACAAUGACCGACGACGAGCCGCCGGUCCUGGAGCUCGGCUGGCCGGACGCCCCGCUCAGGUACGGGCCCUCGGAAACGCAGAUCUAUUUCCAGAGGGACAAGACCGUCAACGUCAAAGACAGAAUACGCUCGCUCAUCAACAAGGCAAAUAAGGUGAUCGCGCUGGUCAUGGACGAGUUCAGCGACGUGGAUUUGUUGUGUGACCUGAUGGAAGCGUCCAGCAAGCGCAAAGUUCCCGUCUACAUCCUGCUGGACCACAAGAACCUUCACCUUUUCACCGACAUGUGCUCCUUUUUGGACGUGCACGGCGUCAACAUGAGCAACAUGCGCAUCCGCAGCGUGUACGGCGACACAUACUGCACAAAGAGCGGCAAGAAGUUCAGCGGCCAGGUCCUGGAGAAGUUCAUGAUCAUCGACUGUGAAGAGGUCAUUGCUGGAUCCUACAGCUUCACGUGGCUGUCGGCCCAGGUCCACAGCAACAUGGUGAUGCAUUUCUCGGGCCGCAUCACGGAGAGUUUCGACCGCGAGUUCCGCUGCUUGUAUGCCGACUCUCAGAUCAUCGAGUCCUUCCACAAUGACGACGACGAGGGGCUUCCGUACUUCCCGCCAUACUCAACGCCACUCACGGUGACGGGCUUCAUGCCGCUCAUCAAGGCCGAUCUGCUUUCAGACAGGCAACGGCCCAGUUCCGACAACUCCAGCAGCCAGUCCGGCAGUAGCUUGUCCAGCGUGAAGGCGGCGCCCGGCCUGAUCUCCAACCCUGUGUACAAGGUGACCCAAGGCCCGGAUAUAGGCGACCCGCUGUGCUCUCACCUCAGUCUGGAGCGACGGCUCCAAAACCUGGCUCCACUGCGCCCCUCCUCUAACGGGCCCAUGAUCAACCAGAGUCCACUCUUGGAGCGCCGCGCUCCGGCCUACGGGCUUGAGCGAACCAAAGGCAACCCGGCCGACAUCAUGUGGGCCCACCGGGGAGGUGUACCUUCCAAGUUCCAGGCUCUGGGCCUGUACGAGCACAAAGUCAACCUGUUCCACGCCACGUCGCCGCCACCUCGCCUGCACCGGAGCCGCACGCCGCCGCCGCUGGUGGUGCCGGAACCCAAACUGGGCGCCAAGCAGAGGAGCUCGUCCAAUCAGCUCCUCCACAAAUUGUCUGACUUCUUCCUGCCGCCGUCGGGCAAGGACCACUUGGCCAGGUCAGCCUCGCCUCAUGGCACGGUGGUGUGGGGGGGGCCCGACCUCUCGCAGAACGAGCCAGAGAGCCAGCAGGCUCCCCCACCUCCGCCCCCAUUGCUCCAAGUCUCCAGGCAGGACCAGAACCUCGACCAAGACAAAAGCAGCAAAGCAGAGCAAAGUGCCCAACAGGACCCAACGGCCGGGCAUGACCAAAUCACCAGGCAGGACCAGAAGCGCAUGACGCUGGGCCACAGCAAGCUAGAUCUGGUCAACCAGUACAACAAGAUGAAGACAAAGCAAGUGUACAGUCGCUUUGAGCUCAAGAGCUCCCAGUGACAUACCAAGGACCGGAAACGCGGCUCACCUGGCACGACAAGAUGAAGGCGGAGCAGGUUCGGCCGCUCGCAAACACACUUGGAAGCAGCUGUGUACUGGCUGAGCACUUGGUUUGACUGGCAGGGGCUACGCUGGACACUGGGCACAUGCUGAAGGCUCUUUCGAACGCGCACGCAAAUUUCUUGGAGGCGCAGCCAUUCCCGGCCUAGACCCCUGUGCUCGAAAUUUGUUGCAACCGCUAAAAAGCCACGAUGGGCUCGAGUCCGACGCCAGCCCGAGUUUUCAAAUUCCGAAGAGAUCCGCUUUGACCACUCUGUGGGCGCCUUGC